AUGACCUCUCGUUCACCCAAAAGAAAGCGGGAACAUGCCCUUCCCUUGGACACUAAGCGACCCGUGAAAGGGCUUGUCUUCGAUCCAGAGGGAGAAGAUUCGAGCGAUGCUAGUCCUCGCACAAAAACUGCCAGGAGAUUUGAGCACCUCCAGAUCGACAGCCGGCCAUCAUCCCAUUGGAGUCCUGAGGUCGGAAGCAAGGCAAACCCAAAUAUACCUGACCACCCUGGGCUUUUGAGACCUGAUGCUCGGGAGGGUGUGGAAGCUCCUGUUCAAGACACCGGAUCAGAAGCGCAGAAGCGACCGGAAAGCGCUUCUGGCGCUUCUCUAGACACCACAUCUGCAGCAAGAGCGCCGGACGUGUCCCGAUCAAGGUCUCCGCCAUUAUCAAGUGAAGAUUCCGAGAGCUUUUGGCGUGAUUGUGAGAUCACAGGCCACAACCCCGAUGAUCCGGACGACGAUGGCUACGGCAUCAAUGGCAUUGGGUUUCGACCAACUGCGGCAAUUGCCUGGUCAAGAUCGCAACGACGAAAACAACAAUUGAGUGACUACAGAAAUCGAGAGGCCCGAGAAGCCAGGCAAUACAGGAGCGAGAGGAGAAAGCGCUUUAUGGACGAUGGCGACGAUGCAGCAUCAACGGAAUCGUCGCCACGAAAAAGCAUUCGUGUUCAUUUCGAAGACGGGUGA